GAGGCACCCAGGGCCCGAGGGAGCAGCAGCCACAUGCCGAGCCAGGCACCCAGGCUGAAGUGCUGUCCUCUGAGGUGACUGAAGAAAUGCUGCAAGAGAGUGAAAGCAACAGGACGAACACUGGUCCUCAGGCCCCUGGGGAGCAGAAGAUGGACACUCACCAGCUCCUGAGGAAGGAAAGGACUCCCUUGAAAACCAAGUUCAGCUCCACUGUGGAUGCCAUAGUGUCGGACGAUGAGACCACAGGACUGGUGACCUCUGCGGAUGAUGACUUGGACUCCGCGGGGGACAGGGAGAGGGAGGGGGGUGGAGGGGACCUGGAUGAGCUGCCGUUGCUGGCCUUCGCUGAUGCAGAAGAGCUGGGGCCAGCGUCAGAGCCCAGGCUGCAGAAAUCCUUGGCCGAGGUGGGGCCGGGCUCAGAGGAGCAGGGCAGUGCUGCAGCAGCCCCAGCCCCUGGCACCGGAACUGACCAUGGAGACAUGUUGACCGACUGGGGGGGCACUCUGUUCUCCAUCGUCACAGGAGGCGAUGGCAAGAUGGGCAUGCCGGACUCGGAGGAGCGAAAGGGUGGCGACAAUGCCGGUGGCCCAGAGGCCACACGGGGGAGGCCACCACAAGCAGCCGAGUAUUUUGACUCUGACAAUGUAGAUGAUUUUUUUGUAGAAGUCUUUAAAACAACUGAUGACAAUGACUCAGGAAUGGACACAGAACUUGACAGUGAGGAAAAUGGCAGGGACGUUGAGGACCCAGAGGCAGACCGGGCACCAGGUGAAUCCCCGCCAGAGGCCACACAGCACGGAGGGACAGGUGCACACAGCUCUCCUUUGAGCCGCAGGCCGAGCUCUCUGCCUCUUGCUGGUGAGGGUAAAGACACCCAUCGGCCAGCCUUGGAGAACACAGAUAGUGGCCUGCAGGAAGCAGCUGUCCACACUGCAGAAGAUCCGCUCCGGGAGGGCGGACCCGGAGCCAGGAUGGCAGCUGGUGGCUCAGAGAACAGCUCGGUGUGGAAAGCCGCGGGACGUCGGGCGACCGAGGAGACUAAGGGGGUACAAGAGCAGGAGUCCUCUGGCGCCGUGCCACCUGGAGAUGAGCCACACAACACAACCGGAGACCAUGUGCAGGUGCCCGACCUGCUCCCGCUUCCAGUGCAGCACCGACACGGGGAGCACAAAGAGGAACUGGGUCUGGAAACCCCAGACCAACCUCAGUUCUCUCCUCCAGAGGGAGGGAGUUCGGCAGGAAAGCCAGAAGAGGAGGUCCCCGCUCUGGGAGAAGGUCUUUCCCAGUUCCACCAGAGAGGUGCUGCCCUCGGGGAGCCAGCCGCUGAAACGGAGUCAGAUUUGGCUCUGCACCGGGCAGAGCAGGGCGCAGAAGAGAGGGAGCCACCUGAUGGUACGGCUGCCCCAGGUUCCCCUGCCGAGGAGACAGAGGAUGAAGAGGAGGAACAGAAGGAGGAAGAGGAGGAAGGGGAGCUGGAGGAUGAUGAGGAGCUCCCAGAAGAGCUGCUAGAAGAUGAAAAUGCUGUCGGUGCCAAACGUUCUCAAGAAAUCCGCACGGAAAUCAGGGACAGGAGGCCGCUUGUUAUGCCAGGAGGUUCUGAAGAGGCACAUUUAGGGACCAUUCAUCCCGAUCCAGGAGCCCAAGAAAACCAGCAGGAACCGAGUGUGAUUCUUGUGAUUGAAAAACAAAAUGCUACUGAAGGGAGAGAGGGAGCUGGGCCAGUCAGGGGCCUGGGCAGUGCUGUGGUGGGGGAAGAGGAUGAAGAUCCAUGGGACCCGGAGAGUGCCCCCAAGGGUGAAGAGAAGGCCCCCUCUCCGAGGCCAGGUGAGGCGCUGCAGAAGGAAGACCUGGUGGGUGUGGGACCAGGCGGGGACAGCUCAGGGCCAUUGGAGAAGCCUGUGGGGGAGGCCGGGGACAUGGGGAGCCCAGGGCCUGCCUCUGCGGAGCCCGGAGAUGACCUGUCCCAGCAGAGCCCACAUGCUGUGCUCGGGGAGGACGGGCCCAUCAUCCGCAGCUUCUUCAAGGAGCAGCAGGCCUUGCAGCGCUUCCUCAAAUACCUGGACGCCCACGAGCUGGAAGCUAUGCUGCAGGACAUGGCCGCGAAGCUGAAGGUGGCACAGCAGGAGAGCCUGCCCUACAACGUGGGCAAGGUGCUGGACAAGGCCUUCCGGGCCUCUGAGGCGCAGAUCCUGAGCGCAGCAGAGAGGAUGCUCGAUGCCCGCAUGACGGGGAGCAGAGAGCUGGGGGUGAAGGAACGCAGCGUGCUGGAGGAGUAUGCGGUGCUGGACGACGUGCAGGACCUCAUCUACUUCGUCAGGUACAAGCACCUGGCCGAGGAGGAGCUGGCCCUGCUAACCACGGCCCCGACUCUGGACGAAGGCUGGAGGGGACCCACCCAAGAGACUCAGUCACCCCCUGGUGAUCCUUUCCUGAGAGAGAACACCGCAGAUGCGAGCGUGAAGCUCCUCGAAGAGCCUGGCCCCUGGGGUCAGCAGGAGACCGGGGCUGCAGGUGCCUCUGCCGAGACCCAGAGACUGAAUCCCGAGGAGGACGAAGCCCCAGGGAUGAUUGUGACAGAAGGCUCCGGAGCUGACCCUGGGGGUGUGGAGAGCCAGCGAGAGGAGCUGGCCCACACCAGCCCUUUGGAAAGCGCAGUCCUGAUGCUGCAUUCCUUCCUGCCUUACCUCAGCAAGAUGCUAGUUGCUACUUUGCCUGAGGAUGUUCAGCCUGGGCCUGAUUUUUAUGGGCUGCCGUGGAAGCCUGUGCUUCUUACUGCCUUCUUGGGAAUUGUUUCAUUUGCCAUUUUCUUCUGGAGAACUGUUCUUGCUGUAAAGGAGAGAAUAUAUCAAGUCACUGAACAGCAGAUUUCUGAAAAGGUGAAGAAUACCACAAAGGAAAACACAGAGCUUAUACAGAAAUUGUCAAAUUAUGAACAGAAGGUCAAGGAAUCAAAGAAGCUUGUUCAGGACACCAAGAAAGAAAAUAUGAUUCUCUCUGAGGAAGCAAUUAAAUAUAAGGAUAAAAUCAAAGUACUUGAAGAAAAUAGUGAAAUUCUGGGUGCCACAGCUAAAAAUCUUCGUGUUAUGUUAGAAUCUGAGCGAGAACAGAAUGUGAAAAAUCAAGAUUUGAUACUGGGAAAUAGGAAAUCUAUACAGAAGUUAAAGGAUGUUAUUUCAAUGAAUGCCUCAGAAUUAUCGGAGGUCCAGAUUGCCCUAAAUGAAGCCAAGCUCAGUGAAGAGAAGGUGAAGUCUGAGUGCCAGCAGGUCCAGGAGGAAAACGCCAGACUGAAAAAGAAGAAAGAGCAGCUGGCACGGGAAAUUGAAGACUGGAAGAUGUCACAUGCUAAGCUCAGUGAGCAGAUCAAGGCCUUUGAGAAUUCUCAGAGGGAACUGGAAGCUGCUCUUGCUCAUAAAGAUGACAGUGUUGGGGCUCUGACCAAUUGCAUCACGCAGCUGAAUCGAUUGGAGUGUACUCCCGAGUCUGAGGGUCCAGGUCCAGGAGGAACCGAGGCAGAUGAAUUAGCUAACGGAGAAGUGGGAGGUGACCAGAGUGAGAUAAAAAAUCAAAUUAAGCAGAUGAUGGACGUCUCCCGGACACAGACCACAAUAUCAGUGCUCAAGGAGGAUCUCAAACUCUUACAAGCCAAGCUGAGAACCUCAAUGUCCACCAAGUGUGACCUGGAAGAGCAGAUAAAGAAGCUGGACAAGGACUGCGGCACGCUGCAGUCUGCCAGGACCGGGCUGGAGGAGGAGUGCAGGACAUUGCAGCAGAAGGUGGAGAUUCUGAAUGAGCUGUACCAGCAGAAGGAGAUGGCGUUGCAGAAGAAACUGAGUCAGGAAGAGUAUGAGCUGCAGGAGCGAGACCAGCGGAUGUCAGCCGCAGACGAGAAGGUGGUGCUGGCCGCAGAGGAAGUCAAAGUGUGCAGGCGGAGAAUUCAAGAAAUGGAGGAAGAACUGCAGAAAACGGAGCGCUCACUUAAAAACCAGCUUGCUACUCACGAGAAGAAGGCUCACGAGAACUGGCUCAAGGCGCGCAAUGCAGAAAGGCAGAUCACCGAGGAGAGAAGGGAGUCGGCCAACCUGAGGCACAGAUUACUGGAAAUGACCCAGAAGAUGGCGAUGCGGCAGGACGAGCCUGUGAUUGUCAAGCCAAUGCCUGGACGACCCGGGGCCCAGAACCCUCCCCAGAGAGGUCCCCUGAGCCAGAACGGCUCCUUCGGUCCGUCCCCCGUGAGCGUGAGCGGAGGUGAUUGCUCCCCGCCCCUGAGCGUGGAGCCCCCCAGCCGGCCGAUCUCUGCAACCUCGCGAAGAGACCUCCCCAGGAGUGAAUUUGAUGCUGGACCUGGUCCAGGACCCACGGUGAGCAGCGGCUCCCGAGGCUCCUCCCCUGGGAAGGGCCUGGAUGAGGCCAAGGCUGCUGCACACGAGCCCGGCGUGAGGCGUGAGCCUGAGCAUGCAGCAGCAGUUACUAUGGCCGUGAAGGGGCCCCCUGCUUUCCCAGGGCCUCCGUUCAUGGGCGGCCCUCUGCCACCACCUGUUGGAUACGGGCCGCCGCCACCACUCUGCGGGCCUUACGGACCUCGGCCAAUGCCUCCGCCACCUCCACCAUUCGUUCCGUGUGUGUACCCGCCACUGGGCCUGAGGGAGUUCGCCCCGGGCGUCCCGCCUGGAAGACGAGACCUGCCUGGCCACCCCUGGGAGUUCUUGCCAGGCCAUGCACCAUUCAGACCUGCUGGCCCACUCGGCCCUCGAGAGUAUUUUCUUCCUGGCCCUGGAUUGCCACCACUGCCUUCUGGCCCCCAGGAUUACGUGCCGCCGCCUGCCAAAGGAGACCCCAGGGAUGAGCCUGCACCUGCCUCUCCACGCAGCAGCCAGGACUCCUCGCAGGCUCUGAGGCAGAGCCAGUGACUCUGACUCCAUUCAGAGGGAAAUGGAUGGCACUGUUCAGAUGGCAAAAGUUUCCAUCAGCUUUGAAACCCAAAAGUUUAAGACAUUUUUAAUACUAAGCUGCCUUGGGCAGUAUGCAUUUUUGAGCCAAACAAUUCAAGUCUCAUCUUUCCUCUAAAAAUCGCCUCAAGUUUGAGCGUCCUUCCAACUUGGAAAUGUGCAAUAAUACCUGUGUUUCAGUUAGUGUAGCAUAUGUAAUUGCAAAAUGAUUCAGAAUGUCAUAAAAAUGACCAUUUCCUGUGGAAAUGCUUAAAGAACAUGUAUUUCCAUUGCCCUAUUUUAAGAGUACCAGGUGAGUACAGAGCAGUAGUGUUUAUGAGCCGGCACCUCUGCCUGCCCGCCACCCCUGUACUGGUCGAAAUGACUGUUACGUAAAGAUGUUUACUCAACAAUCAUAACCUUUAUCUCCCCUCUCACUGAUAUCCUUUGUAGUAAUAGUUAAUAAAAACUUGUUUGUUAAUAUUUCCAA